AUGGAGAAAGACAAACAGAUAGACGUCUCAUCAGCACAGGCAGUCUUACUUGGAGCAUUAGCACCUGGUGUUAACGGUCCAACAUGGAACACGUUAAAAUCAGCAUUUUUUUUGUUGGGUUUGUGUCUUGCUGUGAUGCUCGGCUUAGCUUUCUCCUCUAGCGACUCUUCUUUGGUACUUCAUGUUGGGUUUCUUGUAAUAAUCACAGCUACCCUCUUCUUGCUUCUUAGCUGUGUUGGACUCUGGAACCAUAAUUUUGGUAAUGCAAUGUAUCUCAUUUUUCCACUUGGUCUGUUUGAGGCAUGGUUAAGUAUUGGAUCUGCGAGCUGGGGCUUUGCAUCUGCAUGGUGCAUAGAUUUUUAUGCACCUUAUGCGUUAGUGGAUCUGUCCGAAAUCUAA